AUGUGGAGUGCUCUUCCAGCUUUCCAGUUUUUCCCAUCACCUUCAAUAUGUUUAUCGUCGAAUCAAGAGAACCGUCACCGGUUGUCGCAAGUGCAGAGUGCCAGCGUACCCCGGUAUGAGGGCAGGCGGUACGAGACAAAGGUGCGCGACACCUGCCCGCCGCCGCCGCCGCCCCCGCCGCCCGCGCCCAAAGACGAUAGCACUUUCUGGGGAGCGAUGGCGGUAUUAUUCACUGCUGCGGGAUUCGCUGUUAUCGCCAAAGGUUCACCAGAAAUCCGUGAUUGGCUCACGAUUUACGCGCCGUGGUUCGACGACCUGAUCGCUGUGAUCUUCGAAGAGAACUACACACACAAGGAGUUGGCGCAGCGCUACUGGGAGCAGAUCAAGAGCUGUGCGAAGAUUGUGAUGAAGGAUGAGACUUGCCCGCCAGAGGGAGCCAAGCCAGAGAAAGUUCCCGCGAAAGACGAAAUUGAAGCUGGAAAAGCCGCAUCAGAACCUGAGGAAGCAGACGAGUCCUGCGUGAAGCCACCGCCGGUAGUUGUGAGGAAGACCAUCUGCGAGAUCCUCGAGCGGCUGAAGGAGCGCAAGACAGAGGCGUUGAGCAAUUACUACACCGCACAUCACGCGUGCUUGCUUUAUAAUAAAAUCGUGCCAGAAACAAUGAAGGACUUUAGCAUAAAGUCACUGAAGGCACUCCAUGGUCAGUUGGAAGAACGUGUCAACUUGGUCAAUGAGGCGAUAAAAAACGCAGAAGAGGCAACUGCGGAUAUUGAGGAGUUGGAGCGCUACAUCGAGUGCGGGGUGCAGGGGCCCAAAGACGAAGUGGAGAACAUCAAAGUGUUGAUGAACGACUUCUUGCUGCAGAUAAAGGCUGCAAAUAUACAAUUUAUAUGGGAGUACGAUACGUCUAAGGCGCUGGACGCUCAGUGGUUAAAGGUGGAAUGUACAUUGUAUAAAUACAUCGACGAGAACAGAGCAAUGUUCCCCGAGAUUGACUACGAACAGUUCAAGUUGCAGCUCCGGGGAGACCCUGACUUGUUGCUGCAUCACGCGGGCAGAUAUGUACGACAACUGACGGCAGAAUUAAGUGACGCUGUGGAAGGUAUGAAGGAAAGAGCUAACCGAGCCUACGAAAUGCUGCCUCAGGGGGAUAAGGAGAGAAAAGACAGAGAUUACAUGCUGCAGUCGCUGCUUAAACAGAAGAGGGCCGAGAUGGACAAGGAGUUUCAAAAUAGGUACGCCGCGCAAAGACAAGAAAACGACAAGACAGCGCAAGACGCAUUGAAGAAACAACUGGAGAGGCAUCAAGCUACUUUGGAAAAGAGAUUGAUAGAAAAAGAGAAUGAGGUAAGAAAGAGGACUCAUUUCAGAGGUCCUGGGUUUGAAUACCGUCCCUUGUUUCAGAAUUCCCGGACUAUUGUUUAUUAUAUAGUAAUAAACUAUCUGAGGACAUGCCUCGCUGGACAUUACCCCUCUGUCAAAAUGAAGUUGAAUAAAUUGGUCAACGAGCGAGUCGCGUAUGAGAAACACCAAUUCGCUAUCCAGCUGAAGGAAAUGGCGGCCAAGCUCGCGCUGGUCCAAGAUAAACUUAACACCCGCCUAAAGAUAGAGCGCGAAACCAGGAGGUCUCAAGACUUGUGGGUGGCGGGCGCGUCGCUUCUAGCCGCCACCAAGAAGGGAGACCCUUAUGUCAACGUGGAGAAGGAGCUCAAAGCUAUUGAGAGAGCUUCAGGAGAUGGCGACGAGCUGGUCACUAUGGUGUUACAAGCAAUACCUCAGUCGGUGCGCGAACGUGGUCUGGUCCCGGAGAGUGUACUCAUGACCAAUUACCACAGGAUGGAGGACGUCGCUCUAAAAGUGGCGUUGGUGGAACAAGACGGUGCAUCCUUCCCUAUCUACAUGAUGUCCUGGUUACAGUCUGCUUUCCUGUUUAUGAAGUUAUCAGGGAUUCCACAGACAGAGAUCGACAGUUCAACAAAAGACGCAAUUCCAGAAUUAGACACUUUCGAUUUACUGCAAAGAGCAAGGUUCUGGGUGGAGCGCGGUAACCUGGCGCGUGCCAUUCGGUACGUGAGCUCGCUGGAAGGCGCCUCGCGUGCUGCGUCCAUGACGUGGCACGACGCGGCACGCGCGCACGUCGAGACCAGGCAGGCUGCCGAGGCUAUAUUGGCACACGCCGCGGCUUUGGGUCUACAGUACAUUUGAAAUGUCACUUGGCAUUUGACACUGGACAAUUUUUUGGCAUGACGUUCAUGUAAUUUUUUUUUUUAUUUUUGAAAUCGUUAUGUAUAUUUGAGCAAAGAAUAAAA